AUGUCUACAUCCCGCAUUACGUUGUCGUCACAGCACGAUGCACUGAUAAUUGUGGAUAUGCAGAAUGAUUUCGUGCUUCCCGACGGUGCGCUCUCCGUAACUGGUGCCACUGAGAUCAUACCGAUAAUUAAUCGCGUUGUCGGAGAUCACCAGUUUCGUGCCGUUGUCGCAUCGAUGGACUGGCACCCUCCUGGACACAUGUCGUUCCGAAAUGAAGAUGGGACAGGGGGUCCAUGGCCUCCCCAUUGCGUACGGUCAACGACUGGUGCCCAACUUCAUUCAGAGAUGAAACAAGGAGAGAUAACCCACCUUAUUCACAAGGCGACAUCUCUGGAUUCUGAAAGUUACUCCGCCUUCAGCGAUGACAGCGGUAAGACAACCGGUCUGGCUGCAAUGCUGCGCGCCAUGGACGUGAGAAGGGUUUUUAUGUGUGGCGUAGCUUCCGAUUACUGUGUAUACUUUACCUCACUACACGCUAUCCAAGAGGAAUUUACCGUUGUUGUGUUGGAGGACGCCGUUCGCCCCGUCGACCCUGUUGCCAUGGAGAAGAAGCGAGCACACCUGGAAAAGGAGGGCGUAAUCUUUGCGCGAAGCACAGACCUUUCCAGCUUCUGA